AUGGAGGUGAACUUGGAGAACAUCCUGUCCCGCGACUGGAGCAGCCGCUGCCGGGAGGACCGCGAGAGCUCCUCGAUCCGCCGCCGCCGCUCCAGGGUGAGGGCUGCAUGCGGGGGCCUGGCCGCGGGGAUCGGGCGGGCGGGCGGGCGGCCGCCGGCUCUUGCCUCUCGCUGCCGGGCGGACACCGUGGCACUGACACCGCCGGGCUGCGGCGCCGGCUGCCGAGGCGCCGGGUGUCCGCCCCGGCGCGGCCUGCAGGGGCCGCCACCCCCCGCACGCAGCCAGCCGCGCCGCGGGGAGGCCCGGCCCGGCCCGGCCCGCUUGGCCCGGGGCGGUCUGGCCCGGGGCCCGCGGGCCUGGGCGGCCGAGAGCGCCGACCUGCCGCCGGGGCGGGGGCGCCGCUGGCCGUGCCCCUGGCAUUGUCGAUCGAACCGGGCCGCUUGUGCCGGGGCUGCCCAGGGCAGGGACCCUCUGCCGGCCCCCAGGGUGCGGGCGGUGUGGGACACCGCCGGGGGUGGGAGCGGGCAGCGAGCUCGGGGUGCCCCGGGCCGGCCCUCCGCCUCUGCGGCCAACUGCCGGGCAGGGAGGUGGGGGGGAAAGGGGCGCCCACCACCGCUGUCACCGUGCCCAGAGGCCUGCCGUCAGCCUCCGACAAAGGUCUGCGGGUCUACCCGUCCCGCUCUGCCUCCUGGGGGCUGGGAGACAGCCGCCUCCACCCGCGCCUGCCAGCAUGGAGCAGCUUUGAACGAGACAAAGAGGGCUUUAUUUCAUCUCCAAGCCAAAUACUUCAGAGAGAAGGGUCAUCCCUGCCAUUUUCCCCUGCCACAGGAAAAGCAGAGGCAUGGAGAGCCACAGUCCAAGUACUGUAUGGAAGUAAAUACUAGUUGUAUGUGGACACCUUUGCUGAAGUGGCUAAGGAGCAGAGCUAGCUAUUUCCUUCUCAAAAUCCAGAUGUAUCAAAUAACAGACAUUUAAGAGAUACCGUUUUGGAGCCUGCAUCGUUUCUGAAGAAAAUGUGGAUUUAAGGCACACGUGCUUGAUUAAGGUGUCUAAGAGAACAUGAUUGAUGGCACCAGGCCAGUCUCUAAUGGAUGUAUUUGUCUACAUUACAGAAGAACUUCCUGCAGUCUGGACUUUUCCUUCAGAGAGGCUGAGGAUUUGGAAGGCAUUUCCUGGUUUGUGCAUCCUGCUCCGUGACUGCACGUCUACUCCUGCUCUAGAGACAUUAAUUUGUCUUCUGAUGGGUUACAAACUUCCUAGUCAUUAACCUAUUGUCUAAUUACUUACCUGUCACAUCUGCAAGUGUCUUUUUACUCCAUCACUCAUUGCUACUGUGGAAGACACAAUACUGGACUGGAUGGACAAAUAUGCAUGCCCAGUAGGCUAUUAUUCCUUAUGUACCUACCGCAGUUGCACUGUCUGUACUACCCUGCUUAGCUUAUAUAAUGGGUUGUAAAGGAGACCACAAGGAGGUCAGAAGUCCAUGUUGUCAGUGAAAUGAGACAUUUAUUUUCCAAACACAUCAUUCUUUGCUCAAAUGUUUCUAUUCCACCGGAAGUGUUAUAAUCCAGGCUUUCCUCUAUGAGUAAGUACAUGAAUGUUCAGCCAUACAGUAUCUGCAAUUGUUAGCAUGUAAUAAAUUAUUGAAACCAGAUAAAA